GUGCUGAACAGAAGUGCAAACGGUACAGGCAGGCAACAGGUGGACGGACAAGCCCUGCGCAAUUGAUGGAAUGUGGGGUUAUUAGCACAAAUCCAGUAAAAUUGCAACAAAUUACAGAGAGAGAGUAAGGUUUUCUACUACCAACUUCUAUUACUACCUUGGACUCCUUCAUCCUUACAAUGCCUAAGAGUGACACAUGGCCGGGUGGUGUCUCCAUAGAGACAAUGACUGGCAUGGACAGUGCAGGCAGCUGUGACAGUGUUGUCAGCAUGAACUCUGGAUUUAGUGAUGAUAGCUUUGAGCACCUGUCUGCUGAGGAGAGGGCAUGUCUCAUGUUCUUGGAAGAGACCAUAGAGUCCCUAGAGACUGAGGAGGACAGUGGACUAUCCAAUGAUGAGCCUGACCGCCUGCCCACCCCUGGCAAUGUGGCCACCAAGAUGGCCCACCUCUCUGCCUCCAUGGGCCAAAACAAACUCAACAAUGUAUCAAAAUAUCCCAGAGAGCAGAACGGUUACCUGGUUCCUACACCGUUCAUCCUGGCCAACAGCACCUCCUGCAUCCUGCCAAAGGCUAGGCCAGGCAUACCCCAAGAUAAGGAGAACGCUCUCUCAAAGCCCCGGGUCACUGCCUUGGACAACAUGCCAUGUCAGGGCAACCACCCUUGUUUACCCCCUGAGGUCAAUGUUGUUGUGAUUCCCCCUCCGUCAAAGCUCAAAGACUACCCUGGUCAGAGACCACCUCCUUCACCCAGAGGCCCUCUGUCCUAUGAAGCCCUAGUGCAGCUGAGGAAGAGUGCCUCCAUGAAGAGAACUCCUCAAAGUCCCACAGCUGAGACCAGAGACUGGAACAGGCAGCCCUCUGCGUCAGACAUACCCAUUCACCCGCAUCAUGGAAGCACACCCAGAGGCUGCUCAGUCACCCCAGCCCAGGGGAUACUCCCCCGGGAGCCCAGCAAGCAGAAGGCCAGUCCUCCAGUUGUGUUCCCAAAACCCCCCAAAAUCCCUUCCGACAUUGCUGUGAAUACCCAAAGGGAUACUGCUAACCCCACUACGGACUCCAGUGCCCCUUCCUUGGGCUCAUUGCCCAGGGACAGGCGUUUGUCGGACCCACAGAAGGUGAGAAAUGAUGCCUUACAAAAGCUGGGGCUCCUGAGAGACAAUAAUGAGUCCCAACCUGAGCCUGUUACGCCACUGUGCAGCUCCAAAUCUCACUCCUCCUUGGAACUAACUUCAGCCCGUGUGGGAGUCAAAGCUCCACCUCAUGGUAACCCAACAAGAAGCCAGCCCUCAACUACCUCCCAGGGACCCAGAGAAUCUAACAGUAGGCCAGUAAAAGGUAGCAGCAGCUUCCUCCAUCGCUCUAGUGAGGAGCAGCCAACCGCCCCCCUCUCACACCCGUCCAAACCCAGUGGGGUCAAAGCUGCCACCCUGGAGCGCUCAGGGGUGGGGCUUGGGAGCUACAUGGCCGACCAUGGGAUACAUCCCGAUCCCCGCUCCGCCACCCUGGGCAGCCAGAGGGAGGGUGGACGUUGCACCCCAUCUGCUCUCAACAAAGCCUCAGAACAGGUGAAAACAACCCCCGCUGCUCAGCCAGUGUCCCCCCACAAGACCCUGCACUGCCCAGGCUUCAGUGUGGUGAUGAUGCCCAGCAUGGGAGAAGACAGACGAGAGGCACUUAGGAAGCUGGGGCUGCUGAAAGACUAGGAGAAGGAGAGAAGGAGAGAAGGCAGCCAAAAUAUCUGCCCAGUGGAUAAACAGAUAUACAGAGGGUAUCAAAUGAAACAGACUUCCACCACCUUAGGGAGGGAAGCAGAAAAAAGUGGGGAUUGAAAUAUUUUGAGCAUUGACAAUGCUGGCUUUUCAGGAAAGACUGGCCUCUUUCUUCCAUUUUUCUCUUUAAGAGAGUACUGCAGUUUAAUUUACUCAGUAGUGCUGGGAAAUUAACUGUAAUUUUGUUUAAAUUAUUUGAAUUCCAUUUUGUUCCGUUUUAUUAUUCUUCUGUCAGCUCAAUAUAAACAUUGCACAGUUUCUCUAGCGAUAAAGCAGAUCAAGCCUGAACUGUGUGAAGCCUGAACUGAACUGUGUUGGGAGUUGCAGUUUCCAACAGGCCAAUAUUCUACAUAGUUAAGUGCAGAAAACAUGGUAAUUAACUACAAUGAUGAUAAUCCAUUGCGCCUACUUGUCCGUCUGUGUUUCUUUUACGCCUGUUACGUUGCGUUAGUGUGUGGCAGACACAGAGGUCAAGAGAAGAGACAGAAGAAUGCUCGAUCCGAAGGGAUAGAGAGUAGUUGCUUCACGAGUUACAUCUACCUAAAAAUAUUUUAUCUAAAUAUGCCUUGUUUACUUUGAAGAACUACUAAAAUAGUGAUUAAGUCAGACAGCAUAGGCAGCAGCUCUAUAUGAACCGAACCGACCUCAAAAAGCACUAAUUUACUGUUACCGCAAUUUAAUUUUCAUGUCAGUUUAACAACAUUAUAUUUUUACAUAGUUUUUCUAUGAUUUUGUUGUCACCGAAUCAGUCACUGAACACUCUUUUAAAGCAAAUCAGAGAAGUGUCUAUCAUAAUUAUUUACCCCCUUACAUUUAGUUGCUUUACAAAGUGGGAUUUAAAGGGAUUUAUUGUGAUUUUUUUGUCAUUGAUCUACAGAAAAUACUCUAACAUCAAAGUGAAAAUAAAUGUCUACAAAUGUUUACAAAUAAACAAAAAUACAUAACUAAAAUGUAUUGGUUAUAUAAGUAUUCAACCCAUAUGUUAUGGAAAGCCUAAGUAAUAAUUCAACCACAAAAACCAGAGAGGUUAUCCAAUGCCUCGCAAAGAAGGGCA